CCCUCCGCGUCCCCCCACCCCCCCUCUCUUCCCAUUUCCUCCUCCCCUCCGUCGUCUCCGAGACUGGCUCCUCCGCCCCCGCCGCCGCCGCCGCGACGGCGCGUCCGCAGUAGACGCCGCCCCGCCGCCCGGACGUGCCGCCACCCCUCCGUCUCCUCCCCGCUUUCGCCGCCCUAAUCAUCCCCGCCGACGCCGCCGCAGCAGCCCGCGCCCGGUGGCCAUGGCGAGGCUCUUUCGGGGCGCGUGCUGUCUCCGGCGCCACCUGCUCCAGCUAGAGGGCCGUAGAACGGGGGCUUUGGGCUCGUAUUCCCAGCUUUGUAACUUUUCUUCCAAAGGUAGGAAAAAAUCGAAAUCCGACAGUAGUGACUCUAAUGACGAAAAUCUGUCUAAGAAGGACUUGGCCCUUCAACAAGCCCUGGAUCAGAUCACUUCCUCCUUCGGAAAGGGAUCGAUUAUGUGGCUCGGCCGAUCUUCCUCUCCCAGACAUGUCCCGGUGAUUUCCACCGGUUCUUUUGUUCUGGAUAUAGUUCUCGGUACUGGUGGAUUUCCAAAGGGGCGUGUUGUGGAGAUAUAUGGUCCUGAGGCGUCUGGAAAAACAACUCUGGCAUUACAUGUAAUUGCUGAAGCUCAAAAACUAGGAGGUCACUGUGUAUUUGUUGAUGCCGAGCAUGCUCUCGAUCCAGCACUUGCAGAGGCCAUUGGCGUAAAGACUGAAAACUUGCUAUUGUCUCAGCCAGAUUGUGGCGAGCAAGCUCUAAGUCUAGUUGAUACUCUCAUAAGAAGUGGUUCUGUGGAUGUCGUUGUUGUCGAUAGUGUAAGUAACGUAGCUGCUCUUGUCCCCAAAGGUGAACUCGAUGGUGAGAUGGGUGAUGCACACAUGGCAAUGCAAGCUAGAUUGAUGAGCCAGGCGCUUCGCAAACUUAGUCAUUCUCUAUCACAAUCACAGACUAUCUUGAUCUUUUUAAAUCAGGUGAGAUCAAAGCUCUCCACUUUUGGGGGAUUUGGUGGUCCCACUGAAGUUACUUGUGGCGGUAAUGCAUUGAAGUUCUAUGCCUCGGUGCGCCUACAUAUACGGAAAAUAGGGCUUAUAAAGAAGGGGGAAGAGACUGUAGGAAGUCAAGUACAGGUGAAAGUUGUGAAGAACAAGCUAGCUCCUCCAUUUAGAACUGCUCAGUUCGAGUUGGAAUUUGGCAAGGGGAUAUGCCGCAUCUCCGAGAUCAUUGAUUUGGGAUUAAAGCACAAGUUCAUCACUAAGGCUGGGGCCAUGUACACUUUGAAUGAUCGAAGUUUUCGUGGCAAGGAAGCUUUGAAAGGGUUCCUGAAUGGAAAUGACAUUGAGCGCGAAGAACUUAUGAUGAAACUCAGGGAGAAGCUUCUCGUUGAGACAGAAAAGGAGUCGGAUAAAGAGGCUGCGGAUGGAGAAUCUUCUGAAGAAAUUAUCUCAGCUGAAACUACUGAUGAAGAAGCAGCUACUGCGGUUGGAGCGUGAGUCAGUUUGUAUGUAGAGGUUUCCCACUGUAAUACCUCGAUGGCUUUUUGCCUGCCAUAUUUUAUCUACAGCUGAUUCUUCUGAUCAUUUGGUAGUUGGGGUGGUCGUUGGACCUUAUUCAAUCGGUAAAGGUACCUUUGUGCUUCCCGCAGCUCCAGCAUUACUAUCUGAAGUCGCGACAAUCAUGGUCUUGUAAGUUGUAUCGCUGCUGGAAAGGUUGUAUCGUUAUAGGUGUAUCAUAUUGUCAUGGGUUGUGUGAUUGGUCAAA